UUGAACUCAGAGAAGAUGAAUUGGUUCAGUCCUUAUGUGAAGAUCAAAGACAAUGGGCACCAACAUAUAUGAAAGAUGUCUUUUUGGCUGGAAUGUCCGUGGCACAGCGAUCCGAAAGUGUAAACUCCUUCCUUGACAAGUAUUUGCACAAGAAGACCACUGUGCAAGAGUUUGUGAAACAGUAUGAAUCAAUUUUACAGGAUAGGUAUGAAGAGGAAGCAAAAGCUGAUUCUGAUACAUGGAACAAACAACCCACUUUAAGAUCUCCUUCACCGUUUGAGAAGAGUAUUUCGGGACUGUACACACAUGCGGUAUUUAAAAAAUUUCAAGUCGAGGUCUUAGGUGCUGUUGCUUGCUUUCCUAGGAAAGAAAAGGAAGAUGAGAAAAGCAUUACAUAUCAUGUUCAAGAUUUUGAAAAGAAUCUAGUCUUCAUUGUUGUAUGGAAUGGAUUGAAGUCGGAAGUUUCUUGUCUGUGCCGGUUGUAUGAAUAUAAAGGUUACCUUUGUAGACACGCUAUGGUUGUUCUUCAAAAGUGUGAACUUUCUACUAUUCCAACUCAAUAUAUUUUAAAGCGGUGGACAAGAGAUGCUAAGAGCAGACAUUUAUUGGGAGAAGAACCUGAGCUAGUACAGUCUCGGGUGCAACGGUACAAUGAUCUAUGCCAGCGAGCAUUGAGAUUGAUUGAAGAGGGAUCUUUGUCCCAAGAGAGUUACAGUGUUGCAGCACAUGCACUUGAUGAAACUCUUGGAAAUUGUAUUGGUGUCAAUAAUUCUAAUAGAACCUUUUUAGAAGCCGGUCCAUCGGCAGCUCAUAGUCUACUCUGCAUCGAAGAAGAUAGUCAAAUUAGAAACAUAGGCAAGACAAACAAGAAAAAGAAUCCAACUAAGAAAAGGAAGGUGAAUUCUGAACCUGAUAUCAUGACUGUUGGAGCACAUGAUAACUUGCAGCACAUGGACAAAUUAAGCUCAAGAGCUGUAACCCUUGAUGGCUAUUUUGGCGCACAGCCAAGCGUGCAAGGAAUGGUACAACUGAAUUUAAUGGCACCGACCCGUGAUAAUUACUAUGGAAAUCAACAGGCCAUCCAGGGGCUGGGGCAAUUAAACUCCAUAGCACCUAGCCAUGAUGGUUAUUACCCAGCUCAACCGAGCAUUCAUGGACUGGGACAAAUGGAUUUCUUCCGAGCACCAGCUGGUUUCGCCUAUGGCAUUCGGGACGAUCCCAAUGUACGAACAACUCAAUUGCAUGAUGAUGCAUCAAGACAUGCAUGAUUAAUCCCUGAUCUUAGUGAAGGUGCUUCACGAGUUGAAAUAAAUGUAUCUAUUUGUAUUUAGCCAUAAAAAGAAACUUUGCACAUGGAGAGUCAGUUUUGAACCAUCAUUUUGCAGGUGCAGGAAACAACUCAUUCUUCUAGUCUGUAAAAAUAGAAUGUAUCUUUCCAAGUUAGUGGCUGGAGAUAUACUGAAUGAUGGUCCUCAAGUGAUUGUAUCAUAAAAAAGUAUGCUGUAUCUCAUCAUUGUCAUUUAUCUUACAUGGUUCUUCUUGAAAGAUGAUAACGUAAUACCGAUUCAGCCUA